AUGACAACGAGGAGUACACCCUGUGGAGCAUGCAAGAGUUUGCGGCGAAAGUGCGUGGCAGAGUGCCUGUUCGCGCCGCACUUUCCGGUGGAAAACCGGCAACAGUUCGAGUGCAUGCACCACGUGUUCGGAUCGGGACACGUGGCAAGUAUUCUGAAGCGUGUUCCGGAGGAGGCACGUGAGAACAUAAUCAAGACGCUCGUGUACCAGGCGGAGGCACGUGUGAGGGACCCCGUGCAUGGUUGCAUCGCUUUAAUCACCGAGUUUGAAAACAAGCUCCAUCAACUCCAAACGGAUCUUGAAAAGGCGAAGAAGGAACUAUCCUCCUACGUUAGCCCUCAUGUUAUGGAAGCGUUUUUGCUGAAUCCUACAAGCAUUCUCAUGCCUCAUUCGUAUCCACCUGUUUUUACUUACAGUGGACACGAAAUGGCACCUCCUUUUUUGAUUCUUGACCCUCAGCGGCAAGACCAAGAGAUGAAGUUCAAUGCUGUGUAUAAGGUGGUGGGUGUGGGUGGUUCUGUUGACACUUCUCAGAUGCAGCAGCAACAAGGGGAACAUCGUGUUCCUCAUGCUACCCACAAUGACAGUGGGGCACAACAACAACUACUGGAUCAGUCAAACUCAAAACCAUAG